AUGGAGAAAAUAGAUGAAAAUAUAAUAAAAUUAAUGCAAAAUGAAAGUUUGCAAAUUGAAUCAGUGGAUGUGAUAGGUGAUGGUGCAGGUGAAUUUAUACCAAGAACAAAGAAAAAUAUUGGGUAUAUAGUUGGUGGAAUUGUAUUUAAUGAGAAAAAUGAAAUCUUAAUGACCCAGGAAUCUAAAAGAUCAUGUUAUGAAAAAUGGUAUUUACCAAUGGGUAGAAUGGAACCUGGUGAAACUCUACAAGAGGGUGCUAUAAGAGAAGUGGAAGAAGAAACUGGUAUAAUAUCAGAACCUGUAACAUUAUUAGUUAUUGAAUCUGGUGGUUCUUGUUGGUUUAGAUUUUUAUUUAUUAUGAAGCAAACAGGUGGUGCAUUAAAAACAAAAGAAGAUAAAGAAUCAAUUAAAGCUGAAUGGUUUCCACCUGAUAAGAUAUUGAAUAAACAAGUGGCUAUCAGAUCAACAGAUAUAUUUCCUGUUAUUAAGAGAGGAGUUGAUUUUAUGAAAGACGAAGUCAUAAACCAACCCAAUAUAUUACCAGUUAUAGUACCUCAUAUACAAAUGAUAUAUAGAUUUCUUCUAAUAUCAAAAACACAAGAUGGGGAUUAUGGUGUACUAGUAAAUAUUAAUAAAGAUGUACAUUUACCAUGUUGUAUGGUAGGACAAGCUGAUAUGUCAAUCAUGGUUUCAUUAUUUAAAUUAUUUAAGGAAGUGUUUGGUCGAGUAAAAGAAAUUCCUAAAGUAUGUGGUAUCAUUAACAUAGAAUAUUGUGGGAAACCUGCUAAUCAACAUGAUGGAAUGUGUAUAACAUGUCUAAUAUCAUUAAAAACAUUACCUAAACUAGAGGGUAGUCAAAGACAGUUUUAUGAUUGGCAUGUUAUAACUCAUACACAACUGAUAGAAAAGUUGCAUCUAAUGUUACAAUGUAAAGCUAUUUUACCAUUUACUGAUGUACAUGCUAAAGGAACAUUUUACGAUUUGGUGCAUUAUAUCAUCCAGGAAGUAAAUAACAAUAUAACACAGUUUUGUAAGUAGAAAAGUUUAAUCGGAGAAUUCAAGAAAUUAUUUUUAAAUAAAGGUGAUUACAAGGCAGUUAUUCUUUCAUUGUUGUCACAUAGGCACAGUGAAAAUUGUUAUAACAGAAUACAAAAUCACAAAGUCAUUGUUUAGCACUAAAAACAUGUUAACCGGUAUAAUAUGAUGGAAUCAUAUCUCUUAAUCAUAGCAUAAAGAAUAUGGAUACAACUUUAUUUUUAAAAAAUCAAUCAAUGCUGCUCUUAAUUAUAACCUAUGUAUGUAUAUACCAGAACUGUAAAACACUUGCAUAAUUCCUCAACUGGGGAUUUCAUUUUUAUUGUAAUUUUAUCUCUGGCUGAAAAUUGUAGUGUCCAAAAAUUGUUCAUCUAGUUGACAAAGUCUAUAAUAGUUAAUAUAGUGUAUAGAUAAUAUUUGAUUUACCUUCUAAAUUAAGGGGGUUGUGACUAUGGAUAAUUGUGGACACCUGGCUAAGAAUGCAAAAAUUUCGUUGGUAUGUUCUUAACUCUACUACUGAUUAUAUUAGCUUAACACGUCUUGUUCUGGUACAAACUGAUAUCUGAAAAUGGUGAACCCUGGCCUUUUAAUGUAUACAAAUAACAGUAAGAUGAUGUUUUAUCAGAAGUAUAAAGAAACUAUCAUUCUGUCAAACAAUAUACAUUAAAGUUUAUAUCACAGCCUUAUUAAUAGCAACUUAUCAAAUUUUAUUAUUGUAAAUGCAUUUGAUUUAUACAAAUAAACAGUUUCUUAAAUAUACAACAUGAUCAAACUUUAAUU